GUUUGCUUGGUUUCGGUCUUGUAUAUCUCCGUGCAUUUUAUUUUUAUUUUUAUUUUUAUUUUAUGGCUAAGCCUAAACACAAAAGGUGCAACCUUUAAGCAAAGAAAAUAAUAUUAGCUUUUUUUUUUUUCUUGGUUUGAGAAUAAAAGGGGUUGAAGAUUUUUGCCAUUGCUUCUAGAAGUAGAAGCCAUGGCUUCAGUCACAACUUUCAAGAUACCACCUUUUCUGGGAUUAAACUCACAGAACAGGCCUCAGUACUGUCGUUGGCGAGUUCACAAUUUAGGCGGUGGGGGAGAUAAUUCUGCUGUGUUGUCGUCAGAUGUGGCUUCUGUGCUUAAUGGAGCUUCUGUGGUUGGGAAAAUAGAGACUUUGAUUGACCAUGGGAAUGGAAGGUUAAAGAAGCCUCAAGAAGAACAAGUUGAGGAGAAAAGGAGUCAUCCUGUAAACGGUAAUGAUGUUCCAGAAAAGUUGGAGCCUUUUUGGGAUGAUGGGUAUGGGACUGAGACUGUCAAAGAUUACUUUUACGACGUACAGGAGAUGAUUAAGCCUGAUGGUGGGCCCCCUAGGUGGUUUAGCCCCAUUUCUUGUGGGCGUCCUUUAAAGGAUUCCCCUGUUCUUCUGUUUUUGCCUGGCAUAGAUGGUACUGGGAUGGGCCUAAUUUUGCACCACAAAGCCCUUGGGAAGUUUUUUGAAGUUCGGUGCCUGCACAUUCCGGUUAAUGAUCGAACACCAUUUGAAGGGCUGGUAAAAUUCGUUGAAGAAACUGUUAGGCUUGAACAUGCUUCCUCUCCAAACAAACCAAUUUAUUUGGUGGGAGAUUCCUUUGGAGGAUGCUUAUCUCUUGCCGUUGCUGCUCGAAAUCCUACCAUCGACCUAGUACUGAUACUAGUAAAUCCAGCUACUUCAUUCGGCCGCUCUCAACUGCAGCCCUUCUUCCCCAUUUUGGAGGCUAUGCCUGAUGUACUACAUACCGCAGUUCCCUAUCUUCUCAGCUAUAUCAUGGGUGAUCCAACAAAGAUGGCAAUGGUAAAUGUUGAAAGUAAGCUUCCUCCAAUACAAAGGCUUGAGAAAAUGUCUCAGAACCUCACUGAUAUGUUACCAUGCCUCUCUUCUCUGGCUGAUAUUAUACCGAGGGAUGCUCUUCUUUGGAAGUUGAAGCUGCUUAAAUCGGCUGCUGCUUAUGCAAAUUCCCGCCUCCAUGCUGUUAAAGCCGAAGUACUUGUGCUUGCCAGUGGUAAAGAUAACAUGGUCCCUAGCAAAAAUGAAGCCGAAAGAUUAAACAAGUCUCUACAAAAUUGCACAGUUCGUCACUUCAAGGACAGCGGGCAUACCUUUUUAUUGGAAGAUGGCAUUAGUUUAAUGACAAUUAUAAAAGGUACGAGCAAAUACCGUCGCUCGAGGAGGCAUGAUUAUGUCUCGGAUUUUCUUCCUCCUAGUAGGAAAGAAUUUGAAAUUGCAUUUGAAGAAAUGAUUGGAUUACUUCGCAUUGCGAGUGGUGCAGUUUCAUUCUCUACUUUGGAAAAUGGAAAGAUAGUGAAAGGUCUCUCUGGGGUUCCUAGUCAAGGUCCUGUAUUAUUAGUUGGGUAUCACAACAUAAUGGGAUUUGAACUAUAUUCACUAGUUGAGGAAUAUUUACGAGAGAAAAAUAUAGUGCUUCGUGGCGUGGCACAUCCUCAAUUGUUCGUGGCCAAUUCGGAGAGUUCAUCACCUGAAUUUUCUAUGGCUGACUGGUUCAGAAUAUUUGGCGCAUUACCUGUCACAGCAAGCAAUCUAUUCAAAUUGCUUUCUUCAAAAUCACAUGUCCUUCUAUAUCCUGGUGGUGCUCGCGAGGCUCUACAUUACAAGGGUGAAGCAUACAAAUUGUUUUGGCCGGAUCAACCAGAAUUUGUGAGAAUGGCAGCUCGAUUUGGCGCCACGAUUGUGCCAUUUGGAGCUGUAGGAGAAGAUGAUAUACUAGAUUUGGUUCUUGACUACAAUGACUUGCUGAAGAUCCCUGUAAUAAAUGAUUAUAUUAGAAACGCUAAUCGCAGCGCUGUAAGAGUGAGGGAUGAAUCAAAAGGGGAAGUUGCUAGUGAAAACCUCUUUAUCCCGGGCCUAUUGCCCAAGUUGCCCGGCCGAUACUACUACAUGUUCGGGAAGCCCAUUGAAACAAAGGGAAAGGAAAAUAUCCUAAAAGACAGAGAUAAUGCAAAUGAAUUGUACUUGCAGAUAAAGUCUGAAGUAGAACACUGUCUAGCAUACCUACUUAAGAAGAGAGAAGAGGAUCCUUAUAGGAAUGUUAUUGAUAGAACAGUAUAUAAGGCAUUGUAUGGUCCUUCCAAUGAAGUCCCAACAUUUGAGCCUUAAUUGAUAGCUUGUUUCAGGAAGCAAAAAUGUCCUAUUCAUUAGUAUUGUAAAGUAUAAUUUUUUCCCUCUUUCUUGGUGGAUGUAGGUUUUUUAUAUUAAAAAGUACAUAUAUACAUUACACAGAUAUCUUGACGAAAGAGGAAGCAGGAAAUGUGUUAUCAUCUGAAUGAUGGAUGCAUAUGUUCUGUAGUCAUUAAUAAUGAGGAUUGAACCCAUCUUGUUGGCUGCUGUUUCUUGUUAUACUUGCAUUGAAGAGAACAGAAUGUGA